AACCCUGAUAACAUUUCAGCUUACCUGGGAGCUAGGCAGGACGAGGCAUUCUUAUGUAUGAGCAGUUGGGGCGCCCAGAGCAAGUUUAAACUUCUCUUCCCACCCCGCCUCAAGGCUGUCGAAUGGAUUCCGAUGCCAGUUUGAUAUCAAGCCAGCCGUCUUCUCCGGAGGCAGACGGCAUUUUCCUGUCUGACGAGCCAAGCUCGGGCUUCACCAGCACCGUGUCGUCCACGCAGAGCGACUGCGGAGCUCAGCUGUGCGGCGAGCGAGGCGGGCCGCUGAGAGCCAAGGACAACAUCAGGCUGAAAGACAAGAAACAGAUGAGCGAGCCCGAGCUCCAGCAGCUGAGGCUGAAGAUAAAUAGUCGGGAGCGAAAACGGAUGCACGACUUGAACAUCGCCAUGGACGGGCUGCGGGAAGUCAUGCCUUACGCGCACGGACCUUCUGUCAGAAAGUUGUCCAAAAUCGCCACCUUGCUCCUCGCCAGAAACUACAUCCUCAUGCUCACUAACUCGUUGGAGGAGAUGAAGAGGCUGGUGAGUGAGAUCUAUGGUGGUCAUCACAGCAGCUUCCAUCCAUCGGCUGCCUGCGGGACACUCAGCCACGGCGGGGCGCCUCUGCCGGGACACCCGACCUCACACGCGGCUCACCAAGUUCAUCAUCCCAUCAUGGCACCGGCCGUCACUUCAGCCUCUCUGUCCGGGGGCAGCAUUCCAGCCGUGAACAGUAUCAGACCCCCUCACGGUCUCCUCAAAUCCGCAUCGGCUGCCUCCGGCCCGCUGGGCAGCGGUUUCCAGCACUGGGGAGGAAUACCGUGCCCGUGUACCAUGUGUCAGGUACCACCGCCCCAUCAUGUGGCAAGCAUGACCACGGCCGGCAUGUCUCGGUUAUCCUCUGACAGCAAGUAACAGACUGUGUCAGAAGCGCAGAGACUCUUCCAAUCGCCUUUAGAAGUUGAGUAUUUAAACUCAGACAGGUUGUAACAUCAGGUCGUUUCUUGUCAUAUUCCUAUCCGUACACCGAGGUAAAUCUUACACCGGGUUAAAUCGUUAUCUUUGUGAUGAGGUGUCUUUUUUAUGUAGCUGUAAUGGAAGUUGCAGUAACCCCUUUCCGAACCAAUCCUUCGGCUCUCGUUUAUUUCAGCGUCCGUGUAUCUAGAGAACGGAUAAGGAAGCGGAUAUCUGUAAGCAGAAUUAAGAAAAACAUCACAAUUUAGAUAACCCCCUCCCCCGGAGAAAAUUGAAUGUAUUUUUCCCACGUUGGAACGAGGUCGAAGGAAACGGUGGAAAGAGAGUACUGCAGCUUUAUUUAAUGUGAAUUUCUUUGUAAAGUGACCCACCAGCAAUGAAACGUGAUGAUAGCUUUCAACUGUAAGUUACAUUUGGAAAUAUUUUAUGCAACAUUGCUCCACUCCGCGAUAGUGUUACACUAAAUAACGAUUCUAAAAUCACACGUACGAAGUUCAUUGGUCUUCAUAAUCAACUAUGACCAUAGAAGGAAAAUAAAGAGACGAGAAAAUCGCGACGAAGAGAAUAGUCGAGCAGAUUUUCUUUGGGGUCUGCACGUAAAAGGUCGACUGACUAAAUGCCUGGAACAGUUAGAAAGGAAUAUAUGGGAAAGACUUCGGGACAUGAUUUCCUGUGUAGCUGUGCAGCCUUGGAAACUUUCACUCCUGCGGUUCAGUUAGAAUCAAAUGCGUCUGGAAUAUUUGCUCCAGCCCUGAAUUUACAAAGACAAGUUUGUAUACUUUUCCUGUAAAGUAGUUGUUAACUUUUAUGAAAUAUGGGUAAGCGGUAUCCAUUGCGACUGUAUGAAUUCUUUUAUCGAUUACCGAACCCCACUCCCCCCGACCGCACCCCAGAGUUAUUUUGUGAACUGAGAAUUCUGCUUGUGUUCCAUUUGUUCUUGGACUGACUUCACCUGCAUCAUUUCUGCGCUGUUUCCAUCGCAGAUCCGAGAUGUUGUUGGCUGUUUAACCCGUUUUAUCUUACAACAACCGCUGUCCCGCGCUUAACACACCCCCAUCUUAAGCGGGUUGCUUGCGAAGAACCACCUGUAACGUCUUACCAUAACAAAUUUUUGUUUCCCAUUCGCGAGAGAAAAUUAAGGAGGAAAAAAAUGCAAAAAAUGCUUUUCAUCUUUUUAUUUUUGUAAAAAAAUGUGCUAAAUAAUAUUUAUUACUUAUUUCGUUCGGAGAAGAAGUGACUGGUGGCGUAACU